GAAGAAAUAUAACCUCACAAUGUCAAAUAAUCUCGAUUUGUUUCAAUCGAUAGUGAUGUUGACUGCAAUGGCUUCGCCAUGUGCAGGGUUGUGAACGUGGGGUCUUCCUAUUUGUGCACGUGCUUAAUUACAGUAAAUAUUGUGCUGUUCUAUUCUGUUCGAUUCCCUGUAAGCAAUAAUGAUCCGUCGACAGGCACGUUUGAGGAGAGAAUAUUUGUAUAGGAAGGCAAUUGAAGGAAAGAAACGAAAGAUUCAAGACAAGAAAGAUAGGUUAAAACAAUGUUUGGAAGAAAAUCUCCCGAUACAUACGGAUUUGAAAAGAAGUGCCCUGGAUUUUCAGAGAAAAUUAGAAUGGGAAGACAAAGGGCCGGAACUUGCUGUUUCGAUGGGUACAGAAGUAGGUGGUGGUGGUGGUUCACAUGAAGAUGAUGAGUACAGAUGGGCUGGUGUUGAAGAUCCGAAAUUAAUGAUCACAACCUCACGUGAUCCUUCGUCUCGCCUCAAAAUGUUUGUCAAGGAACUCCGGUUGAUCUUUCCAAAUUCCCAGCGCAUGAAUCGUGGCAACUAUGAAAUGAAGCAGCUUCUUCAUGCUUGCCGAGCUAAUGACGUCACAGAUUUUGUUGUUGUCCAUGAACAUCGUGGUGUACCAGAUAGUUUGGUUGUGUGUCAUCUACCCUACGGACCAUCUGCAUACUUCACUAUGACGGAUGUCGUUAUGCGGCAUGAUAUACCCGACAUUGGCACGAUGUCUGAACAGUAUCCACAUCUAAUAUUCCACAACUUCAAAACUGCCCUUGGGAUUCGUGUUUCAAAUAUAUUGAAGUACCUGUUCCCUGUACCCAAGGACGACAGUCGGCGAGUGAUCACCUUUGCUAAUCAUGAUGAUUACAUCUCAUUUCGACAUCAUACAUACAAAAAAGUGAAUGGAAAAGACAUUGAAUUGUCUGAAGUUGGACCGCGAUUCCAGUUGAAACUGUAUGAAAUAAAAUUGGGAACAUUGGAACAUGCGGAUGCAGCUGAUACUGAAUGGGCAUUGCGACCAUAUAUGAACACAACUGCAAAGCGAAGGUUCCUGUCAGAUGAAGAUGGUUGGAAACAAGAUGAUGAUGUGUAACAAGUGUGAAUAAAUAAAUGAACAUUACAAAAAUCAUUAUGUGUUCUGUAAAUCCAAUUCAUAUUUGUAUCAUUUCCAACAUGGAAGGGUUGUUGCACAAUUGAA